ACUUGUGUGCAGAUUUUUGGCCGAGAAAAACGAAAGUAGACAAGUCAUCAGACUUACACCUGUGAUCUGUGGAUAAUUCUCCCAAGGAAUUGCACAUUGCAGUUAUCAUGGUGUCUGGAAGCGUUAAGAUUGGAGCCUCCUUGUCUUUCCUUGUAGUUUUAGUGGCCUUUCUCUACAAGCGACAUGCAGACGAGGUGCUCCAAGCACGACUGAAAGACGUCUUGUCGGGUCUGCUGAGGGCUGAGAAAAAAGUUCCUCCUCCAAAGGUUAGGGUGGCUGUUGGUUUUGGAGGAUGUGAAGAUAUUUUUGUGAACGGACUUGAUUUGUUCAAUCUUCUCAAUUUGACAACUCCUGAGCUUGCGAAACACCACAAUGUUGUAAACAAUGCAGAGGAACUGACUCAACUCAUGGCAUACUUUUUCCCCCAAGGAGCUGCUGCUGAGAGAUAUAUUGCAAAUGACACAUUCUUUGAUGAAUUGGUGGAGGCAGCCUCAAAAAUACCUGGCCAUAGGUGGAUGCUGGGCGGUAAUGCUCCUGCCAUGGCGAGACGCUUUGCACUUGAAGGGCUUGACGUUCUCCUAGGAGCUCGAGUGGCCCUUUCUGUGGUGGACGGGCUUCCAGAUUCCGUCAAAGUUAUUGGAGAGACACUACCCAAAUCAGAUGUGCAUCUGCUUAUGGAGUACGACAGGAAUGACAAGUGGGGAAAAUAUGUUAGUCCACGAGGAAACAGACUCAUCGUUCACAGUGACAAUGUGAAUCCCUAUAUAGAUGGAAUGGAGGCAUUCAUUGAGGAGGUGGUCAAGUUUCAGCCGUCACUUGUAGUCAUUGGAGGCCUCCAGAUGAUGGAUGGGUUUCCAUAUGAGAAAGGUGUGCGACAAGCCAGACUACAGAAGCUGAGGGACUUUCUGAAAGAGAUCCCACGUUCCACCCACAUACAUUUUGAGAUGGCUUCUUUUGCAGAUGAGGGCUUAUUGAAUGAGAUCAUUGAAAAUGUGGUCUACUUUUCAGACUCCUUGGGAAUGAAUGAACAGGAGCUUCCAAACAUCCUGAAUAUUCUUCAAGGAGGCAAUGUGAGCUUGGUAUCUGACAGCUAUCCUCGUGUGGCAUCAGUCCUUGAUGAAAUGAGAACUGUCUACAGCUUGCUGAAAGACACUAAAGAGAUUGACGGACGACGUAAGUUGACCAGACUUCAUGUGCACACAUUGGCCUUUCAAGCUAUCCUAACUACCAAGGAAUCUAGUUGGAAAAACACAAUGUCAGCUGCUGCAAAGGCAGCUCUUACAGCUCAUCGCUACACAUGUGGCUCUCACCAGAUUGACCCUCAAAAAGCGAGACUCAUUAUGGACGAAUCCUUUUCUCUGAGUAAAACCCCAGAGGCAGGGCGCAUUCCAGUGAAUGAUACUCGCCCUGUGUCAUGUUGGCAGGAAGAUGGUUUUGACUUGUGUGUUGCACCAGUGCUUGUGUGUACUAAUAUUUUGCAGACAGGAGGAGGUGGUGACAAUGUGUCAGCAGCAGGUUUGGUGCUUCAAGUGUAAUUGCUGCCCUCAGUUUUGAUCAUAUUGUGUCGUACUGCAUUUUCUUUCGUAGUUUUAAAGCUUUGCUUUAUGACGAUGACUGAUUUUAUUGUUGUUACAGAAAUGAUUUUAUUCCCACCUUUGUAGUAUUUGACCAAUGUGUAAAUCGGACAGUAAUUAGUAAGAAAUAUGACUUACAAAUCACAAUUUUUAUAUGGUACUUUGCUUUGCAUUUAAACAUUUUUUUUAUUUUUUUGGUGGCUUUUGGUAAGAGUGACUUGUAGUGUUGCACCAGUGGGUGGCAGUUCAGAGCUUUAAAUUUUACUCUUUUUUUUUAAAGCCAAAUUUUAACCCUCCAAGUAUCAGAAGUAAAAUCAUUUCUUAAUCUGAUGUUUCACUCAACGGAGUCUGGAACCUGCACCCAACACAUCAUCCUGCUCAUGUUUAUUUGCACUGUCCUAGUAUCGCUUUCAUCCCUACAAAAUAAAUAAAAAGAGCAGGAAUUUA